AUGGUCCCCCUCUCCCCAAACACAUUCCUCUACGAACCCCCCUCCGGCGCCUCCGCGGACCCGAACUCCCCCAAACUCAUCGUCCUCUUCACGUGGAUGUCCGCCCAGGACGUGCACAUCGCGAAGUACACCUCGCGCUACACGGCCCUCUACCCCACGGCCCGCAUCCUCCUCGUCAAGUGCCCCUUCAUCCACACCCUCUCCGCCCGCAUCGCCAAGCGCGAGAUCAAGCCCGCCGUCUCCGUCGUCCGCGCCCUCGCCGACACCACCGCCACCGCGGCGCCCGGGGAGACCGCCCGCCCCCAGCUCCUCCUGCACGUCUUCUCCAACGGCGGCGCCACCAACCUCGCAAAGUUCUACGAGCUGUACGCCGCCGCCGACCGCGCGGGACGGCUGGAGCUGCCGCCGCACGUCACCGUCUACGACUCGUGCCCCGGCGGCUUCCACUGGAUGCGGAGCUACCGCGCGCUGUCGGCGGCGCUGCCGCGGUUCUUGGCGCCGUUCGUGCAUGUCAUCAUCGGCUGGUUCUGGAUCUUCCAGAUCCCGUUCGGGAAGAGUGGCAUUUUUGGCAAGAUGUGGAAUGCGUUGAAGCACAGGGCGCUGUUGCAGAGCGAGCAGCGCAGGGUGUAUCUUUACAGCAAGGAGGACGAGAUGAUUUACUGGGGUGAUGUCGAGAAGCACGCUAACGAGGCUAAGGAGGUCGGGUUCCAGGUUGAGAGGGAGAGAUUUGAGGGCAGCCAGCAUGUUGCUCACGCGAGGCUGGAUGGAGACAGGUACUGGGGAACCGUGAAGCAGUUGUGGGAUGGGAAGGAGGAGGCUCCGUCGCAGGAGGAAGCCCAACCUGAGCAGACACAGGCGAAAUCGGCAGAGGUCGAGCCCGCAAAGACUGAAUCGGCAAAGACGGAGACCGUGAAGACGGAGACCGCCAAACCUAUCGUGGUCGAGCCUGAGGCAAAGCAAAUCGAGGCCAAGCAGCCCGAGACACCAAAGACCGAGCCCGUUCAGAUGAACGGAGCACCUCUCGAAGUCCAGGUACUCAAGCCAGAGCCAGCGACGGAGCUGGAGCAGAGCUUCGUCGAAGUAGUCCAGCCCACGCCCGUCAAGCCCGAGGUCGCCAGACAGCCCGAGGUGGUCCGGCGCUUCGACUCCUUCGAGCUGGUGAAGGAGUCUGAUCUCCUGGACAAGCAGCCGGAAGUCGUGACGGCAUCCGAGAUCGGCCAGGUGCCCGAGGUCGUCAAGCUGCCGGAGCCGGUGAUGCCGGAGCCGCCGAAGCGGAAGAAGAGGCCGUCUCCGCCCCCGACUAUUCAGUGA